AUGGUUGCGGAACGUGCUGUAGCGUUAUGGAAACGUAAAGAGUAUGAGCAGUAUAAAAGUGGGCUCGGCUUCGCAGCUUCUGCAACUUGUAUCCUUUCUUCACUAAUUCUCACCGCAUGGUCUAUGAGGAAAUUGGAUUCCACAGCUCUCGCAGUGUAUUGCUCUUCAAGCACUAAUGAAACAGCUGAAGGAAUCACAACAUUGUGCUUUAUUUUGUGUGGUAUUAAUACGAUUUCAUUGAUUGGGAUAGCACUGUUGUGUGUCUACAACGUCGCUGCCAUGAAAAGAAACUUCUCUGAUCUGCAAUCGUCAUAUCAGUUGCGUGAAAAUGCUAGCGUUCUACGACUUAUUCUACCUCUAGUAGCUUUCAACGGAUUCUGCCAAGCAUCGAUGUCAGCAACUGCAGGAGUGUUUUUGAUAUUCCGGGCACACUUUUCAUUUGUUGCAUACAGAACUAUAUUUGCUGCAGCAUACACAGUUCCCUAUUUCACAGUGGUAUCUCCGAUUCUGCUGUGGUUAGUCAUCAAGAAAUCUCAACAGACACGAGUGACGGAACUGAGGUUGCUCGGAAAACGACAGCACAAUGAAAAAGACUUAUACUUCAAGGUUUACAGUAGAAUGUGGAAUAGAUAA